GAUUUGUUGGAAUAACGAGGCGAAUGUGGUCCAAGUGCAUUCCGGCGUCUGUCCCAUUCCGCCAUUUUGAAAUGAAAACCUGAGAGUAGGCUAUAGCAAGAUUAAAAUUCAGGAGGAGGAGGAGAGUACGAUCAAGGAGGCAAUAACACGAAUUGAAGAGAAAGAUGGCAAACAAAUUCCUUGUUGUUCUUGGUUGUUGGUUGAUACAAUUUCUCGAGGUAGGGACGAUUAAGUCUUUUGCUGUCCUUCUUGGUCAUAUUGUAAGAGACCUCGAAUCCACCACAGGAAGACUAGGGAUGUAUAUUGGACUGUACCAUGCAGUCACAAUAAUGUCAGGUAUUGUUGUAAAGGCUCUUCUUAAUCGGUAUUCCCCUCGCUCCCUAUCUAUGCUUGGUGGAUUGAUAGGCUCUCUAGGCCUUAUGAUAUGCUCUGAAGUUACCAAACCUAUCUACUUUGCAGUCUGUCUUUUUAUAUCAGGACUCGGAUUUUCAAUGGCCGUCCUCCCGUCCAUGGUGUCAGUGAUGUAUGCCUUUGGGGACAAAUACAUGUUGCCUUUCUCAGUCGGCUUAAUGGGUGGCGGGAUGGGAAUGAUGAUAUUACCUCUUCUCACCCAGAAACUCCUGGAGGCCUACACUUGGCAAGGUGCUCUCCUUAUUCUCGGAGCAAUAAACCUACAUGUGGUUGUAUCUGGGGCAUUGUUUGAAAAAGCCAUAUUGCAAAAAGAAUCACCACCUUAUCAAAGUGAUCUUCAAGAAACACCUCAGACUCGUGAUGCCUCGUACGAGCAAGAUUCUUCAACGAGCGAUCUACAUCGUGUUGGAAAUGGCGACAGAGUGCAACACCACGCUUCACAAAGCGAUUCAUGGCUAUUUCGGUGUUCCCGCAGGACUGUGGAACUGUUUAGGGCUGCUCGUCAAGGAGCGGGUAUGGGGGUUUUCAGUGAAUAUCCUAUAAUCAUGUAUGCAUUACUAGCUGCGUAUCUUCAUGGGGUAUCGUAUAUUGGUUGGACCGUCUUCGUUAUUUCGAAUGCAGAAGCGAAAGGAUUUGAUGAAUCAAUUGCUGUGUUUCUCUCUCUUGUUGCUGGAAUAGGAAACAUCAUAGGACGCCUGAUGCCAGGACUCUUGAACUAUCUAAAUAAAGAUAUGUUUCCUUCAAGGAAUUCAUUCAUACUUUUCGGUAUCAUUGGUGCGUUACCGCUUUGUUUGAAUGGGAUAGCGUCUCGUUUCUCAACAUUAUGCGUAUUUGCUACGCUCAAUGGUCUAGCCUUAGGAGCGAAGACGAUCGUCAAGAAUACCACGGUGGUAGACGUAGUUCCGCCAUCUUUGUCGUCAACGGUUCUUCCUUUCGCCAUGAUUUGUUCCGGGCUCGGUGAAAUAACAGGUGGCUGGAUGACAGGACGAAUAUUUGACCUAACUGGUUCCAUGGACACUUCCUUUCUUUUCCUCGGAUGCGUAGAUAUAUUCAGCGUCGUAGUUCUUUUGCUUAGCCUACUCCAUGGGAAGAUUCAUCAUCUUAGAUCAUAA